AAGAAAAAAAGAGAAGGAGGGAAGGAAAAGAAGAAGGAGGAGGAGAAAAAAAGGAGAGAGAGAGAGGAGGGAUUUACACAGAGAGAAGUUUGACACGAAUGCACAACGGCAGACUGUGCUGGGAAUAUAAUACACAAGCGUGCGGACCAGUGCGGGAUAAGUGAAGCUGGGUUUGGCACGGCUGGACUUUGAAGUUUUUUUUUUUUUCAAUUUUUUGGGGGGGAUAAUCAUUAAAGCUCCGGAGCUGAUCAUUUCCCUCCACCACUGCAGUAUCAGCAGCAGCAGCAGCAGGCAGCAGCUCAUGCAUGCAUGCACCCCGCCUGCACGGACGGAGUUAGAGCUCCACUUACAGCGGGUCAGCCUGCACAGUGCACGCCGGGGCAGGGAGCCUCUCUGGCGGGGAACUCCAGCGCGGAGAGUCGGUGACAAACACGGAGCUUUUUUUUUCUGCUUUUUUUUUUUUGUCUCUGUUCUCCUGCUCCUCUCUUUCUAUAGUUCAACCAAGGACUCCUGCAUUUUUUAUUUAACCUGAUUCAAGCUUAUUUUUUUUUUCAUUUCUUGUCCUUUGACACUUAGUUUGGAGGUUUGUUUGGCUCGUUUUUUUUGGGGAACUUGGUGUCGUCGUGGAAGGAUUUUAACUAUCGGAAUAAUCAAUACAAUAUAUAAUAACCCCCCCCAUCUCGUCCUGUGUGAGGAGUAUAUGUGGCUGAUAAAGAAGUAGCACCACCACCAUGCCCGUCAGAAAGAAAGACGCACAGCGGGCCCUGCUGCUCCUCGAGGAAUACCGGGCCAAACUGAACCACGCUGAGGACCGGCAGCUCCGACACUCCAUCCAGAGGGUCAUCGACAUCUUCCAGAGCAACCUCUUCCAGGCUCUCAUAGAUAUCCAGGAAUUUUACGAAGUGACCUUAUUGGACAGUCAGAGAUGGGUGGAGACGUCCAAGGCGGCGGACCCCAUGACUCCCGUCAACCUGUGGGACUUCUCCAGCCUUCAAAGCACAACGGUGACCUCGGACACUCUGCCCAGCCUUAGCACCAGCAUCGAGAAGUACCGGCACCACGAUGAGGACUCGUCUCCCCAGGAUCAGAGCUCCCCCCAGCUGACGGAGGAGGCGGUGGGGGCGGAGCUGGUCCAGGUCGCAGAGAAGAACCUUUCCCAGAUCGAGAACGUGCACGGAUACGUCACCCACGCUCACAUCUCGCCCAUGAAGGCCGACGUCACUCCGCCUUCCUCUCCCAUAAUCCCUGUGAUCCCAAUCUCGCCAAUCCCGGCCGAGACCUCCGUCACCUCCGUCACCUCCUCCGUCUCCUCCUCCACCACCAUCCCUCCAACGUCACAGGCGAAUCCUCCUCCUGUGGUGGUCAACACAGACAGUCCGGACACACCUCCAUACGUGAACGGGACGGAGGCUGACUAUGAGUACGAGGAGAUCACGCUGGAGAGGGGUAACUCGGGGCUCGGCUUCAGCAUCGCGGGCGGCACCGAUAACCCGCACAUCGGCGAAGAUCCCAGCAUCUUCAUCACCAAAGUCAUACCUGGAGGAGCCGCAGCGCAGGAUGGACGGCUCAGGGUGAAUGAUGUCAUCCUGCGGGUGAACGAGGUGGACGUUCGUGACGUGACUCACAGCCGAGCGGUGGAGGCGCUGAAGGAGGCGGGAGGUCUGGUCCGACUCUACGUCCGCAGGAGGAAACCGGUCUCUGAGAAACUCAUGGAGAUCAAACUAGUGAAGGGCCCCAAAGGUCUGGGCUUCAGUAUAGCAGGAGGAGUGGGGAACCAGCACAUCCCAGGUGAUAACAGCAUCUACGUCACAAAGAUCAUCGAAGGAGGAGCCGCACAUAAAGACGGGAGGCUGCAGAUCGGAGACAAACUGCUGGCUGUGAACAGCGCUUGCCUGGAGGAGGUGAGCCAUGAACACGCCGUCACUGCCUUGAAAAACACUCCUGACGUCGUCUACUUGAAAGUGGCAAAACCCAACAGUGUCUUCAUGAAUGACAGCUUCGCCCCGCCGGACCUCACCAACUCCUUCACUCAGCACAUGGAGAACCAUAUCAGCCCCCCUCCCUUCCUGGGUCAGACCCUCCCCCCGCCUGCCUCCUCGGGACGCUACUCCCCGACGCCCAAGAGCAUGCUGGGAGACGACGAUGUCACACGGGAGCCCAGGAAGGUGGUGCUGCACAGAGGAGCGACGGGUCUGGGCUUCAACAUCGUAGGCGGUGAGGAUGGCGAAGGGAUCUUCAUUUCCUUCAUCCUCGCUGGAGGACCAGCAGACCUCUGUGGAGAGCUGAGGAAAGGAGACAGGCUGGUGUCGGUGAACGGAGUCGACCUUCGUAACGCGACGCACGAACAAGCGGCGGCCGCUCUGAAGAACGCAGGACAGACGGUGACCAUCAUCGCCCACUACAGACCGGAGGAGUACAGCCGGUUUGAAGCAAAGAUUCAUGACUUGAGGGAGCAGAUGAUGAACAGCAGCAUCAGCUCAGGAUCCGGAUCUCUGAGGACGAGUCAGAAGAGAUCGCUUUACGUCAGAGCUCUGUUUGACUACGAUAAGACCAGAGACUCCGGUCUUCCCAGUCAGGGACUCAACUUUAAGUUCGGAGACAUUCUGCACGUAGUCAACGCCUCCGAUGACGAGUGGUGGCAGGCGAGACAGCUGACGGCUCAGGGAGACGUGGAGGAAGUGGGAGUGAUUCCCAGCAAGAGACGAGUGGAGAAGAAGGAGCGAGCGAGAUUAAAGACGGUGAAGUUCAACGCUAAGUCUCGAGACCGAGGGCAGUCUCUCAAUGACAAGCGUAAAAAGAAUCUUUUUACCAGAAAGUUUCCGUUCUACAAGAAAGAGGCGAGCGAGCAGGAGACCAGCGACGUGGACCAACACGUGACGUCUAACGCCAGCGAUAGUGAGAGUAGCUACCGUGGACAGGAGGAAUACGUUCUGUCGUAUGAACCCGUCAGUCAGCAGGAAGUGAACUACACUCGUCCCGUCAUCAUCCUCGGACCGAUGAAGGAUCGGAUCAACGAUGACCUCAUCUCUGAGUUCCCCGACAAAUUCGGAUCCUGCGUUCCACAUACGACCCGACCGAAGCGUGACUACGAGGUAGACGGCAGAGACUAUCACUUCGUGGUCUCCAGAGAGCAGAUGGAGAAAGACAUCCAGGACCAUAAGUUCAUCGAGGCGGGUCAAUAUAACAACCACCUGUACGGGACCAGCGUGCAGUCGGUCCGAGAGGUCGCUGAGAAGGGUAAACACUGUAUCCUGGAUGUUUCGGGGAACGCUAUAAAGAGACUCCAGCUGGCUCAGCUUCAUCCCAUCGCCAUCUUCAUCAAACCCAAAACAGUGGAGAACAUCAUGGAGAUGAACAAGCGUCUGACGGAGGAGCAGGGAAGGAAAACCUUCGACAGAGCUACUAAACUGGAGCAGGAGUUCACUGAGCAUUUCACAGCCAUCGUGCAGGGCGACACGCUGGAGGAGAUCUACGAGCAGGUGAAGCAGAUCAUCGAGGAGCAGUCGGGUCCGUUCAUCUGGGUUCAGUCCAAGGAGAAGUUAUGAAGAUCAGAGUUCUCCAUCGCUCCUCUCCUCCUCCUCCUCCUCCUCCUCUCCUUAGAGUCAGUCUGUUUUAUUUUAAAAGGAAAAGUAGACCUGCAGACAGGCAGCCUCACCCUCCAUCCGACCCCUGACCCCCCCCCCCCCCCCCCCCCCCCCCCCCCCCCCCCCCCCCCCCCCCCCCCCCCCCCACAACACACCGGCUGACCAGCGUGUUGUUUUCUUUUCCUUUUUUCUUUUGCCUGAAUCAGACUCCAUUGUUGGGGUUCUUUGAGACUUUGACCAGCAGAGUAAAGCACAGGAGAUGAGAGCGGAGUCACUCAACACGGUACAGCUCCUUAAUGUUUAAGGGAGAACUUACAGAGGAAGAAGAAGAGGAAGAGGAAGAGGAGGAGGACGUGUCCAUGAAGGCGACGAGAAGAAAAGUACGAAGCAGAAUCUUUUGGGGUUUUUUUGUUUGUGGGUUUUUGUUUUUUUUUCCUUUUUAUUUUUUCUGUCUUGUGAGGUUCAGUGAUGACGGACGGAGGAAGGAAGGAAGGAAGGAAGGAAGGAAGGAAGGAGACACAAAAAGCAAAACUUUGCACGUUCGAGCUUUAACAGCAUGUCAGUUAACCCCCGUUUAUUUCCCAUCAGCCCCUUCUCCUCAGCGUCUGAUGUCACAGCUUUUCUCUUCUGUUCUGCGCUUCAUCGUUUCUCCUUUUUUUUUUUUUUGGUUGUUUUUUUAACACUUGAGUCGAUUCAAGUUGAGGUUUCUGGCUCCUCGCUGCUGCAGGAUGUUUGUGAGGACGCUCUGCAGGGUUCUGCUGCUAGGAGGCGCUGUGGAGCUCAAACCUGUCUGCUUUUUUUUAAAGGAAAUGUUUUUAAAUUUGAAAUCUGAUGCAACAAAAUCAGCUUAAUAAUAAUUCUCUGUUUUCAGUAACCAAUCAUGAUUUUAGUGAUUUAACAUUUUUAGACAUUAAGCUUGAUGCCCUUUAAUGAGGUCAAAGGUCACUGCAUUCAUUCUUCAACUAGCCAAUUUUCUCACGUUAUUUGUCUUUAACAGAUCCUUAAAAACUUGACGUUAAAUCUGCCAGUGCAGCGAGAAGAUUUCAGCCUGUUUGCACUCUGAAAACAACUUGUUCCGAGACUUUUUUCUACCAACGCGACUUCGUACGGAAACAACGUGAGUCGCGUCGCUGCACUCAAAGAAAAACACUUAAAACAAGUUGAAGACUUCGUACAGAAGCGACGUUCAUUCACAGAGGAGAAGAAAGAGACGUUUAAACGAUUAAACCCGUUUAUAAUAAUAAAACUCAACAUUUCUAGAAACUUCUCAUUAGAGGCAGAAAUCUAAUUA